AUGUUGAGCGCAGCAAGAACAAUGCUCCCCAGAGCAGCCUCUACACUCACGCCUUCUGGCAGUGUUGGCCGAUCUGUCGCUCCCAGCGUAGCUCGCGCAGCUGCUAUCACACCUUCGUUCGGGCAAGCACAGCGGCGAGGUUACCACGAAAAGGUAAUCGAUCACUACGAGAAUCCCAGAAAUGUGAGUGGUGCGCGUGUCUCUAUCCUGGUGGCAAUUCAGCCCAAUUCUGGAUGGCAAAAGGCAGAUGCGCCACAGCGAGCGCGCACGAGCACUUUAGCUGACACCGGCACUCGACCAUGUUGCACGUAGGUCGGUUCAUUCGCAAAGGGGGAUGACAUUGGAAUCGGAUUGGUUGGUGCGCCAGCGUGCGGAGAUGUGAUGAAAUUGAGCAUCAAGGUGUCCGAGUCAGGCAUCAUCGAGGAUGUUCGUUUCAAGACGUUUGGUUGCGGAUCGGCCAUCGCAUCCUCUUCUCUAGUCACCGAGAAGUUGAAGGGCCUGACAUUGGAGGAAGCGGGUCGAAUUCGCAACACUGAGAUCGCCCAAGAAUUGAGCUUGCCACCCGUCAAGCUGCACUGCUCCAUGCUGGCCGAGGAUGCGGUCAAGGCUGCUGUCAGAGAUUACAAGACAAAGAGGGAUCAGGCUAUCGCUCAGGGUCAAAAGCCAAAACCUGGUCAUAUCGAUGUCUCUCAAUCCGUCACCACGGGUCAAACCACCGCCACUGCCAAUGUAGACAGCGGCUUCAAGUAA